GCGGUCACACUGUAAACAUCUAUUUAUCAAACAAGGCGGAAAAAAUGCAACGAGAAACACAGGACACUGAAUAGUUUAUUUUCGUUCAGGUGCUCGUGUCCGUUUAAUCCCGUUCGGUACCACAGAGAGUGCUAAAUUCGUUGUACAUUCAUAUCCACAAAACAAGAAACACAAGAAGUAAACCAAUUGGAGGAAAACAGGCAGAGAGUGAGCCCAACACACACACACACACACACGCAAACCUAAAAACAAACACACACAUAGACAGACAUACAGACAGACGCGAUACAGGAGCGAGACAAGCGAAGAAGAAUAGGAAAGAGGAAGUGGGCGUGGGCGUGGGCGUGGGCGUGACAUACGCCAGAGGCUGGGCGUCAGCUUCGCCCCCCUCCUCCCUCCAGCAUCCUUCGCCAGGAUACAACGCGAGGUCAGAGGAAGACAGAGCAGAGGCUGGUCCCUGACUGACUGCCGCUGCACCAUGUCCAAGGUGCUCAGCCCCCAGAAGCGUCGCGUCGGCAUGGCCAUGGGCGAGAGCAUGGCAGCGGGCGGCCUCGACGGGGGCCUGGAAUUCAACGGCAGCAGCUCGAUCAUUGACUUCCUGGCCAAAGAGCAGGACGGCGGCGUUGACGCCGACCCGGAGAGCAUCUUCAAGGAGGUGAGCCGCCUCUCGGACAACAGCGACACCCGCUCCGUCGAUGAGCUACUGCAGGAGGCGGAGCGUCUCAUUCAGCAGCAGCUGCGCUGCCUCACCACGGACACAAUUGAAACCAGGCUGAAUGGUGGUGGCGGUGGCGGUGCCGGUGCCGGUGCCGGUGGCGAUUGCAAUGGCCAGGCGAAGGCAAAGACAAAGUCCCAGAACCAAAGCGCCAGCCACACGCCCUCGUCCUCGCCACAGUCAUCGCCGCACAGCAGCAUCCGUCUGAACACACGCUACACGCACCGCAUUGAGCAUUCGCCACCCAAGCCGGGAUCGGGUCUGGCCAGGGCACGUGCACUGCCCGCAGGCGGCCCAAGCCAUGCCAGACACAAGGCAAAGUCAUCGCCAGCCCCAACACCGGCCCAGACGCCACACGAGCUGAAUGGCGGCGACGGGUUUGCCGCCUUCGUUGACAAUUUGCCCUCGGAGUCGGUCAUCUCGGAUGAGUCCACGCCCAAGGACAUGCACAACAAUACGGCAGCACAGAACGCUCAGCUGCAAUCGCAGCUGGACAACACGGACGAUGAUGAGGAUACGAUGGAGGAGGCAGCCGAGGUGGAUGCAGAUGCAGAUGCGGCGCCACGGCGCAACUCCACGCCCUCUUCGGCGGCAGCGGCGGCAGCGGCGGUGCCGGCAAGGAUCACCAGCAGCCAGAGCCACACCCACAUAUACAGCCAGCCCAUUCGGCCCAUGGCCAGCUACAGCGAGAAGGCGGUGGGCAGCUCGCCGAAGCACAUGGUCAGCACCCUCACGUCGCCCAUCGAGCAGAUCGCGUGCAGUGUGUCGCGGGAGCAUGCCCUCAAGCACGAGAUCGAGCAGCUGCAGGAGCAGCUGAAGGACACCGAGGAGCGCCUGGCAUCGGUGCGCCUGCAGAGCGACUCGCUGUCGCAGACCCAACGCGCGCUCCGUGACCACAACGGGCGACUGCAGGACGAGUCCGAGAUGCUCAAGCUGGACGUGCAGCACCUGAACGAGUGCGCCGGCGUGCUCAGGUCGGAGCUGCAGGCGGCACGCCGUGACCGCAGCGAUGCACUGCAGCUGCAGCGCUCGCUGCGUGCGGAGCUGGAGGAGGCGCAGCAGGAGCGUCGGCGGGCGGGCGAGAGCAAGGAGAAGGACGCACGCGCCAUACAGGAUCUGCAGCGACAGUGCCGCGAAAUGGAGCGCAUUCUCAUGCGCAAGCAUCCGGAUUCGGUUUCGGCACUGAUAGUUGCCUCCAAGAGUUCGGGUCUUUGCUCGCUGAAUGACCAGGAGAAUGUGACCAGCCGCAAGCUGCUGGAGCAGCGCAUCGCACAGCUGGAGUCGGAUGCCAAGGAGCAGGAUCGCAAGGCACAGCAGAUUCUGGCCAAUGUCCAGGCACGCUUCAACUCGGUGCAGUCCAAGUACGAGACGCACAUUGCCGAUCUGGAGACGCAGGUGCUGAGCCUGCAGGAGAUCAACACGAAGCUGAACGAGCAGAUCGAGUCGCAGGUGCGCACCUUGGACCGGUACAUGCAGAAACGAGCGGACAGGUUCUACAACAAUUGCACACAGACGGAGCCAGAGGCCGAUGGCCCCGCAACUGGCGCUGCCAGCACGGGGACCACGGGGACCACGGGGACCACGGGCACCCAAACCCAGGCACAGAUCACGAAUGGGACCCGUGACCACAGCACCAACACCAUUGGCUGCCCAUCGCCGGCGCUCCUGUGCCACCACCACCACCAGCACCAGCACCAGAACCAGCAGCACCUCCUUCAUGCCCAGCAGCACUCGGCCAGCAGCAGCACCAGCAGCACGGCCAACUCCACGCCAAAUACAUCGCGACCCAACUCGAAGCAGAGCGGCGCCAGUUCCACCACACAGCGCCGGCCCGUGGCUGGCCAACUGCAGAUGCCCGUCUCGAAGCUGCCAAUCUCGCAGUCGGACUCCACGCUGUCCAUGCUGAGCCACAGCCAUGGCCCGGGCCCGGGCCCAGGACUGGCCAGCAAGGAGGAGUCGCAGCUGCUCAGCUCGGUGCGCGGCAUGCGCGUGGACCUGGCCAUCAAGAACAAGGCCAUGCAGCGGCUCACGCGGGAGCUGGACGAGUGCAAGAAGACCAUAAGGAAGCUGCAGCGAGAUCGGGAGACCGGCAAUCCAGGCACCAAAUUGGACGGCAAGUGCCAGGCCAGUGGCAGCGGCGGCGCCUCGGCACAGCGUCGUGCCAGCGGCUACGAUCAUUAUCCGGAUCAUAUUCCGGCCGCCACCGAGAGCCAAGCACUGAAGGAGGCCCAAAACAAGUACCGCCUGCUGGAGGCUGACUACAAGACGCUGCACGACAAGCGACUGCAGGACCUGAAGACGCUGCAGAGCGCACAUGAGCGGGAGCUGGCCAGCUGCAACGAGACGGUGCGCCUACUGAAGCAGCGCCUGAACGAGCGGGAGGAGGCAUUUGCCACACAGAAGCGACGCAAGGUGCCCGUCGACUAUUAUGCACUCAAGGCCAAGGUCUCGCUGCUGGAGCGCCGUCACUCGGAGCGGGAGGAGCGUUUGCACAUGCUGGUGGAGGCGCUCAGCAAGGGCCGCCUCAACGGUGCGCUCGAGGAUCUAAUGCAGGAGAACAACAAUAAAUAACUGAAUAUUAAAUAAUCGCACCCAAUUAGCACACAUGUGUGUCCGUCAACAAGCCAGCCAAUUUGUUUCACACUCCGUCUAAGAAACCAAAACAAAAGUCUAGCAUUAAGCAGAGGAACGAGUCGUGGACUGCAGCUGGCCAAGCGUUGGCAGGGACUUGAGGCCAAACCCCAAGCAGCAGCUGCAAUCCCAAGAAUAUUUAUUGUAGAAUUGUAGACAAUUUUAAGCCUAGAAAUUUAACCGUUCAAAAUGCAUCAGAAAGAGGGAGAGCGAGCAGCAUCGAAAAGACAGGGACAACAAAGGCGAAAGUGAGCCCAAAAUGCUUUGUACAUAAACAGCGAUCUUGGAAUUUGAAUUUGAAUAUUAUAUAUUUGAUUUCUAAGCCAAAGAUGUAUUUUUUUGUCGUUCUGGCUGCAUACACAAUCCCAUUAUUGUGUCUGGGCGCAGAGAACUUUCCAAAAGUUGCAGGAGAAAUGAUGAAAUGAUGUAAGAAAAAUAAAUAACGAGAACAGAAAAGAUUACAA